AUGAAACGGCUCAUGCCUUCACAUGCCAGUACUCAUCUACCAUCGGUCAUCACAAUAAAAGCUACAAAUGGAGCAAGUGCUUAUCUGUGUUUUUAUUCUCUCUCUCUUUUCUUCUUUUUUUCUCCUAUCAUUCACUUCUUUCUUCUUUUAUUACUCUAUUAUUCAUGCUCACACAGCUUCGCUAAAUCCCCUUUUUACUCUUUCUCUCUCAAUUAUCUAUCUAUCUAUCUAUCUAUCUAUCUAUCUAUCUAUCUAUCUAUCUAUCUCAUACAAAAUUCGUCUGUUUAUAUCUAUCUAUCUAUCUAUCUAUCUUUAUUAAAACCACUUCAAAUCUAUCUGUCUAUUUUCGUAUUUUCAUAUCUAUCUAUCGAUCUGCUUCAUUCUGUUCUCGGUGUUGUGUCUGUUCAUAUCUACGUGUCUUUCUAUUUAUCUAUCUAUCUUAGUAUGUUCAUAUGUAUGCCUGUUCAUAUCUAUUACAAUUCUUUCCCACAACAUCUCUUCCCCCCACUCUCUCUCUCUCUCUCUCUCUCUCUAUCUAUCUAUCUAUCUAUCUAUCUAUCUCACUGGGUGUCUCUUUCUGUGUCUCCCUGUAUAUCCGAAUAUAUGCAAACACAGCGGAACGGCCCGUCGCCUCGGCCCAUCACUGCAGGUCUCCGAAUCGCCGUCUCUCUCGAAAUCGCCGCUGACGAACAAUACAUUUUUCCACACCAUUGA